AAAAAAAAAGAAAAAAUGAAAAUGAUCCACCGUACACCGGAAAGAAAAAGGACCCACCAAAAGGAAAAAAAAAAUAAAAAAAUAAAAACCUUGCAAUCGUCUUCUAUAUAUCCAACUGGCAAAUGUUGACUGCAAUAUUUGUCUUCGAACCGUCCACUUUUCUCUCCUCUCAUUUUCUCACAGAUUAUCUUAUACCCUCCAAUUUUUCUCUCAUUCAUCAUCAUUUAUCUCUCUCUCUCUCUCUCAAUCUAUCAACAAAGCUAAAUAAUUUGCAUCAAUCGGAUAAUAAAGAUUGAAUCUUUGAAGGCCUAUCCGUGAUGGGUAGCGCUUUUUCCCUGAUGAUUUCAAGCGGGAACGCCUCCAAGGAUCCACCGGCAAAGCCUGGGUUAGGGGAUUUGCCGGAAAGCUGUGUGGCCUCUGUUUUGUUGUAUUUAGACCCGCCGGAGAUCUGUAGGCUUGCAAUGUUGAACAGGGCUUUUAGAGGAGCUUCUUCUGCUGAUUUUAUUUGGGAGUCGAAGCUGCCUUUGAAUUAUGACUCUGUUAUUCAAAGGGUCUAUGACGAUGGCGGCGUUCAGGAAAAUGGAAAUUGUGGGUUUCCUGAGGAUUUGUGUAAGAAGGAUAUUUAUUCCAGGCUUUGUAGAACCAAAUCUUUUGAUGGUGGCGCAAAGGUGGUGUGGUUGGAUAAAGGUACAGGGAAAUUUUGUCUAUCGAUUUCCUCUGGUGCUGGUGGGUUGGCCAUUACAGGAAUUGAUGACAGAAGAUAUUGGAGCCGUUUGCAGACUGAAGAAUCAAGAUUCCGUUCAGUUGCUUAUCUCCAGCAAACCUGGUGGUUUGAAGUUGAUGGAGAUUUCGAGUUUCCCUUUACUGCAGGGACCUAUAGCCUGUUUUUCCGGCUGCAAUUAGGAAAGACUUCUAAAAGGUUUGGUCGUCGUGUUUGUAACACCGAGCAUGUGCACGGCUGGGAUGUAAAGCCAGUACGAUUCCAACUUUCGACUUCAGAUGGUCAGAAUGCAACAUCCCAAUGCUAUAUAAAGGAACCGGGAAAGUGGACUUGUUACCACGCCGGAGAUUUCACUGUUGUUGAUCCGAGCACUCCAACUAAGGUCAAGUUUUCGAUGACCCAGAUUGAUUGCACGCACACUAAAGGUGGCCUGUGUGUGGACUCGGUUUGUGUAUAUCCUAGCGAAUUCAAGGAGAAGUUGCUGCUUUUUUAGCUGCGGUAAACCUCUUUGAUGAGUUUAGUAUAGCUACUCCAAUGGCAUAUAUUUCCAGCCAAUUGAGUUUGUAGAUGUUCUGUAUCUCUUGGCAGAGUUGUUAAUAUACAAGAUCUUGGCGAUUUUAGAGUUAUUAUUGCCUUCCUUUUUUGACCAUUUGAUUGUAGACUCAAAGGUGCAAUCCCCUGUUAUUGAGAAACAAUAUUCAAUUUGUUUUUCAAUAAUGAGUUUUUUUUUUUGGGGCCUUCUUAAAUCUCAGUAGAUUGUAACACUCCCCAUUUUGUAACGAAAUCGUUGUGGUUAUGUAUUGCAAUGAUAUGAUAUAUGAUGUGUUUUACAAUGACGGAUGAAAUAACUAUAUACCAUGUCAGACUAUAUAGAAUAUCAUAGGAAUGGAAC